AAAAGAAAGGAAAUAAGGAAAGAAACAAAGAAAAAGUGUGUGCAAGUGAUAAUCCAUGGCGUCGUCCUCUGCCAACCUAUGGGUGUUGCUGGGAUUGGGUUUGGCCGGAAUCUUACUUAUGACCAGAAAAUUGAAGAAAGUCGUCAAAGAAGAUUUUGGUGCUUUCAUCGAGAGGUUUCAGCUUCUGCCCCCUCCUCAGCCUGCACCGCCCAAAGCUCCUCACCCCUUGACGGGUCUCUCCUUCGCCGUCUCAGAUGUAUUUGAUAUCAAUGGAUACAUUACUGGGUUUGGUAAUCAAGAUUGGACCAGGACGCAUGAAGCUGCUGCUCGAACAUCUCCUGUGGUUUCAGCAGUCAUUGAAGGAGGGGCCACUUGUGUUGGGAAAACUGUUGUGGAUGAAAUGGCUUAUAGUUUCAAUGGAGAAAACAAACAUUAUGGUACUCCAACCAAUCCUAUAGCUCCUGAACGAGUACCAGGUGGAUCUUCCAGUGGAUCUGCUGUAGCUGUUGCUGCUAAACUAGUUGACUUUUCUCUCGGUACGGAUACUGUUGGAGGUGUGAGAGUACCUGCAGGUUUUUGUGGUACAAUAGGCUUCAAACCAUCUCAUGGCGCUGUUUCUCACAUUGGAAUUAUUCCUGUUGCCCCCAGUCUUGACACUGUCGGAUGGUUUGCUAGGGACCCUAGUGUCUUGCGCCGUGUCAGUCAUGUGCUUCUACAACUUCCAUAUGCAAGUCAACGUAUGCCCAGGAAUAUUAUAAUAGCCGAUGAUUGUUUUCAGCUAUUAAAGAUGGACCGGAUUACUCAGAUGGUGAUUAGAUCCACAGAGAAGCUAUUUGGAAGACAAGUUUUGAAGCAUGCAAACCUUGCAGACUAUUUGGAUUUUAACGUACCAAGUUUGAAACAAUUUCAUAUUGAAAAAAGAAAUGACGAACUGAAAAUAUCUUCCAUCAGAGCACUUGCAAAUGCCACACAGUUACUUCAAAGACAUGAGUUCAAAAGUAAUCAUGAGGAAUGGAUCAACUUGACCAAGCCUGUUUUAGAUACUUUUGUAUCAGCACAAUUUCACCAAGUGUCCGCCGAUACAAAGUUGGAACAUUGCCAUUUAGUAAGGAAUGAAGUGCGUUCGGCUCUCAACUCACUUUUGAAGGAUGAUCGGAUCCUUGUGAUUCCUACAGUUGCUUAUCCACCUCCAAAACUCGGUUCGAAGGAGAUUCUAUCAGAGGACUACCAGAGCCGUAAUUUUAGUCUGUUGAGUAUUGCGAGCAUGUCCGGCUGCUGUCAGGUCUCUGUGCCACUGGGCCUUCAUGACCGGUGUCCUGUCUCAGUGUCCUUCAUAGCAAGGCAUGGUGGUGAUCGGUUUUUACUAGAUACUGUGCAGACUAUGUUUGCAUCUCUUCAGGAACAGUCUGAUGUAGCUGCAAAGUCAAAAUUGUCUGGUAAUGCCAUCAACCAGGAAGAAUCUGCUGAGAUUGCUAAAGAAAAGGGUAAUAUUGCUUUUAAAGACAAACAAUGGCAGAAAGCUAUCAGCUUCUAUACAGAAGCAAUCAAACUUAGUGGAAAGAAUGCAACAUACUACAGUAACAGGGCUGCAGCAUACCUGGAGCUUGGGAGCUAUGUCCAAGCGGAGGCAGAUUGUAGCACAGCUAUCAGUCUUGAUAAAAAGAAUGUUAAGGCCUACUUUCGAAGAGGAACAGCACGGGAGAUGCUUGGUUAUUUUAAGGAGGCUAUUGAAGAUUUCAGAUAUGCACUUGUUUUAGAACCUACCAAUAAGAGAGCAGCACUUGCAGCUGAGAAAUUACAGAAGUUGUUUCAAUAAAUGUUUGAAGUCUAAGAAAAGAUUUUGAGAAUCUCCAUUUCUUGGGAAGUUUUUGCAAUGAAAAACUUCCGGAUUACUAGUGCACACCUCUCAAGAUGGGCCCAUACAAACAGUUGUUGAUUGCCAGAUCUCUUGGGAGUCCCUUUGACAAGAUUGCAUUUCUUUCUAAACGAGGCAAUUUUGAAGGAUUGGACUGUAUUUGCUUGCUGGAUCCAGAGCACUUCUUCAGUCUCCCAUCACUUUGUUGUUGCUGGGGUUUGUAAGUUGAUCAAUUUUGUUUCAUUCUCGAUUGUUGACAUUAGUAAGUGUAAUUCAAAUUAGAGAGCCUAUAAUU